AUGUCGAAAUCUGCUGUUUCCCCUGACCUAUUAACAAUAAUCGUCACAACUUCACCUGUACCUUCUGCCCCAUCUCCUGAUUUAAUCAAAAAUACUCUUUGUUCAUUACCACCUUCAAUAUCAUCAGUUCCAAUCAUUAUUACAUUUGAUAAUUACACUAUCGCUUCGAAUGACAAAGGCAGAUUGAAAAAAGGAUCUGUACCUCAAGUUUUAGUCGAUCAAUAUCCGAUGUACAUAAGAAAUGUUUGUGAAUUGUUCGAUGAUGUUUCUUAUUUAUCCGAUGAUGCCGAAUGUUCUGUUUUAUCGAGUUCAUCUCGUCUUGCCACUUUUCUUCUCUUGAAAAAUCGAAAUGGAUUCGCAUUUAGCGUAAAAACAGCUUUGAAUUAUGUCCAAACCCCGUACGUCAUGAUUCUCCAACAUGAUUGGUUAUUUGCAAUUCAUCCGCCCAUGUCUGAUCUUCUAUCGAUUCUGCAAACUGAAACUGAAGUUCGAUACAUAAGUUUCAUCGCUCGAAUGUCUUUAAACUACGAAAUAAGCCGAGGUCAUUCGCAUUCUUAUUUUCAUCAUAUCUUUUCCGAAGCUCGAAAUCUUCGAAAAGAUCGCCUUCUCUCCACUGAUCUCAUCGCCUGUUUACAUUGGUUCGAUCGGCCGCAUCUUUGCUCAGUGGAAACCUACCGUGAAAUUUUUAGUCUUCCCAUCGUGAAACGAGGCGAUUUCAUCGAAGAUACAUUUGGUAUCGAGUAUAUCAAAAGCAUGAUGAGUUCCCCGACGAAAGAAAUCGCGUUCGACCAAUGGCAAAAAUGGGGCGCUUGGUUAUAUUAUCCCGAGAAUGGUACAAUUGUUACUGUCGUACAUCAACAUGGUCGAAAGAAUUUAUUAGGCGAACGAGAAGAAGAGAAAAUUCAAAAUUUGAUCAAAUCCAAUCGAGAAAAACAUACGUAG